AUGAGUCUGGACAGGAACCAUAACAGCUUGGUAAGACUCACUCGUCGUCGGAUGGGUCAAGAAGCCAACUUGAAGUCUCCAGUGACUCCAGAAGCAAAUUGUCCGGGAGAACUCUGUGCCGUUGUCGCUGGAAAAGUGAUAGGUGCUCGAUUAGCUGCAGCGCCCAACUGUGCGCGGCAGGAUAUUGCCGAUCAACUCAUAACAGACGCCAAGUCAAAGGAUAAGGUAAAAUCCGAUCUAUUACGUACUCAGUUGAUUCAAUGGGCAAAACUCAUCUGUGAGGCACCGGUCAAUCAUGAAUUGGAUGAUUGUAUUCCUAAACAAUUUGAAGGCAAUGAUCCAAAUGUAUUUUUCGAUCCCAAGGUAGGAAGUGUGGCUCUGGGUUCCAGACCCGAAACAUUUCCUCGCCAGAAACAGGAUCUUUACAAAGGACCUAAGAAUGCUACAACCACGCCAGCGGGGACCGGUUCAGACGGUGGUAAGCCAGACACAUCAAAAAUGAAGGUUGUCGAUGCUAAAACACUCCCUGAAAAGUGCAAUAAUCCCGAGAUCCAAUUUGGGGCUGGUUUCCCGGGCAGACCACCUAAGGAAUUGACAUAUAUGCCCAAAGGCAGUGGUUAUUCCCAUGGGGCAGCGUUGAAUAUGCAUAUUAUAGCUGAAGCAAUGUGCGACCAGAUGCGAGCUUGUCUCAAAGACGCAAAGAAAGAUGAUACUGAGAUAUUCACAAAGUGCAAAUCUUUGGCCGACGCUAUAGGAGACAAAAAGAAGGAUGGAAAGGCUGCAGAUACCUGGAACGCAGGAAUGUAUCAACAAGAGCUAACAUCAGAUGACUGCUCAUAUAGUGGACUUACCACCAAGUAUGCGGAUGUCAAGGAUGAGAAGUAA